GGAUGUAUUGCCUCUGGGAGUAUAAAUAUGGCCACCCGUCCCAGAGGUAGCAAAGAAAUUAACAGCUCGUACAAGACACGGAACAUAAACAACUUUCAAGCCGAUUCUUACUUUCUCUUUCAAAAACUCAAGAUGAAGAUCAGCGCCUUCUUCCUCGCCGCUACCUUGGCUAGCGUGAUGGCCGCCUCCUCCCAUGUCCAGGAACCGGCCCUCGAAGCUCGGGCCGCGUGUUGGAAUCGAAGCAGCUGCGGCAGAGCCUGGAGCGGCAAGUGCGAAGACUACUGCAAGCCCUACAAGUUCUCUCACAUGGCCACGACCGACUGCGGCUGGUUGGCGAAGCGCUGCUGCUGCAAGACCUAAGGGAGUGCGCGGCCAGCUACUCUAGGUGCCGUGCGAUUUCGGCGAUUCUGCCCCUCUACGACAAUAUUUAUAGGGCGAGGGCUCUUUCGGCUUUGUGGGACUUUUGCUGGUGGAUGACGGAGGCUAGAGCCGGGUGGUGGGUGAAACUGGUUGGGUAUCCUUCCGAUAAUGUCAAUGGUACUUAGCCGAGAACCGCUAGAAAUAUACGGAUCUGACAACUCUGCAGCGCUUCU